UGUGUCAUGAGCAUGGAGGUUUGGGAGUCAUCUUGAAGACUGGCCUGUGUCUCUGCUCCCUGCAUGUCAGCCCUACUCCUCUCCAUGCCACCUGGACUGUAGCCCCUCCCUCAGGAGAGAGCCCCGCCCCCUUCUCCCUUCUGUCCACAACCAGACGUUCCCCGACCCCUGACCCGUCGCCAUGGGCACCGUGCUGUCCCUGUCCCCUGGCGCCAGGAAACCCGGCUACUAUGACAACCAUUCGGGGUCACUCAGCCACUACCCCAGCCUCAGUGGCCGGCAUCUCAGCAUGCAGAGGGAGGGCGGCCUCAAGCGUGGCCAGGCCAUCUUCCUCCCGGCCCUCACCUGGAAGAGGCUGGUGGCCUCCACCAAGAAGCGCAGCAGCUCCAGGAAGGGCUGUGCUGCAGGGGAGCUGUCCGGCCCUCUGAACAACAACAUCAGCCUCUACCAGAAGGACCCUGUGCUGCACCGCAACCACGACAACGUCAAGAAGUCCCUGUCCUGUGCCAACCUGUCCAGCUACGGGGGCCCCGGGGGGCCGGGCCAGGGGCUGGGGCUGGGACACCACUAUGGCUACGGGAGGCCCCAGCAGAUCUCUUCCGUCAAGAAGGUUCCCCAGGGAACAGUGCCGUCGUCUCCCAAGCGCGUCAUCGUGCAGGCCUCUACCAGUGAGCUGCUCCGCUGCCUGGGCAGGUUCCUGUGUGGACGCUGUUACCGGCUGAAGCACCUGUCCCCGUCUGAGCCAGUGCUGUGGCUGCGGGCAGUGGACCGCUCUCUGCUGCUGCAGGGCUGGCAGGACCAGGCCUUCGUCACACCCGCCAACGUGGUGUUUGUCUACAUGCUGUGCAGGGAGGUGGUGGAUGGAGAGCUGGUGGCGUCAGAGCAUGAGCUGCAGGCCACACUGCUCACCUGCCUCUACCUGUCCUACUCCUACAUGGGCAACGAGAUCUCCUACCCCCUCAAGCCCUUCCUGGUGGAGACGGGGAAGGAGGCCUUCUGGGACCGCUGUCUGGCCAUCAUCGACGCCACCAGCUCCAAGAUGCUGCGCAUCAACGCAGACCCUCACUUCUUCACUCUGGUGUUCGCUGAGCUGAAGAGCGAGGGAGGGGGCAGCCCUCAGGAUUACAGCAGAGUGCUGGACCGAUGAGGGGGGGGUCGGCUACACACACACACACACACACACACACAGGGAUGGGGGGGGUUUCCCCAACUGUCCUGCUGUAACUGCAUCAGUCCUCCGCCCUCCACCCUCUUCAGCCUGUCUGUUUGAUGAACUCUGCUGAGGUGUUUGUGGAGAGCAAGUUCACCAGUCAUCCCUGUACAGAAGACCAAAUGACAUGAGUCGUGAGGAUCAUUUUGUCCAAUGGCAUUUCAACCAUCUUGUCUUGUUAAUGCAACACUGUUUAAAGUCUAGACAUCCUUUUCAAGUUAAGAAGACACACCAGGAUCUUCAGGGCUGGUGUCACUCCAGACUCCUGUGUCAGGUCUGGGGAAGGGCUGGACCGUUAGGAACAGCUAAAACAUCCAGAUCAGGUCGUUGGAUCUAGUUUUUAUGCUUUGUCAUCACCACAGCAAAACAAAUGGACUGUUUUUCCAGAGCCUUUUGACAACAGAGGACGUUCUGUUGACCUGCAGAGCAGCUGUCCGAUACGGCUCUGAACUCUGAACACUGCCUGUCUGCGGUCACCCUCCAGAGUAGUAGUGUGAGGAGUCCGUGUGUCUGAGGGGUCCGUGUGUGUGAGGGUCCGUGUGUGUGAGGGGUCCGUGUGUGUGGCUGUGGGGAGCUUGUGUUGUGUAUGGGUCAGCAGCAGCCAGAGGGAUCAGCUGUUUCACUCCUCAUGUCCUUGUCAGCAGCCAGGCCUGCUGCCCUGGGAUUAAUGAGAUUAGCAGAUUACCUUGCCGCCCCUCCCACCACCUCUGCCUCCUCCACUCCCUUCCCUGCCCUGAAGGUUCAAUAGCUAAUCCAGGGUGCCCGAGCACGCAUAUACACACACACGCAUACAUACACACACACACACACAAACACAUGCACACACACGUCUUGUGUAGCAGGAUUUCUUCAAACCACACUAGCAGGGCAGUAGGAGUUACUGUUGGGGAGAAGCGACAGCUAAACAUGCAGAGUUGGGGAGAUUGCUGUUUUCUUGUUAUUUGUCAGAAGUUUGCUGUGUGUUUGGUCACCAGUGUGUGUUUGGUCAUCAGUGUGUGAGGACACAUGUCACGAUGAUGCUUCCUAGGACAGAGCUGAUUUCACCUCCUCUCUGGAAUGAAACCUCUGCAUUUCUGCUUCAGGCAUGUUAAUCUAGGUCCCGUGUGUGUGUGUGUGUGUGUGUUUGUCAGGCUAACAGCUGAGCCCCAGGCUGGAGCCAGGAGGUUGUGUUUGAGCAUGUGUGCACAUGUGUGUGUGUGUGUGUGUGGUUGUCUACACAGGAUGCAGACAAGGCAGUUCAGUCAGUUCAUCUCAGUUAAAAGGCAGGAGAAAUUGGGAGAUAAGGACAGGCUACACUGUGGACUGUUAGCUGCACAGAGCUGCAGUAGAUAAACGAUGAAGAGUCAAACUGACCAGAGAGACCUGCUCUUAUCUCUAACCAGAGAGACCUGCUCUUAUCUCUAACCAGAGAGACCUGCUCUUAUCUCUAACCAGAGAGACCUGCUCUUAUCUCUGACCAGAGGAACUGUUCUUAUCUCUGACCAGAGAGACCUGCUCUCCUGCUCUGUGUUGUUCAGAUGCUAAAUCAGGAAUCUGUGUCUGUCUCCUCCUGUCUCUAGGUGCUGUAAGGAAACAGACAAUAGUGGCAGUGGGCUGUAGUCACAUCUGCAGGUCUGAGCCUCUGGCUCGCUUCCUCUAAUGCUCUUAUAGACAUCAGCACACUGGAACACCCUCCGAUUUACACACACACUGCGGUUGACAAACACUCACUUAGACCUGCUUGACCCUUCACACGUGCACGCGCACAAACACACACACACCCUGAGGUAAUCUGGUUUUAAUCCCCCCCCCAACCAAUCAAACAGAGAGAGGAAGCAGGGGAUGAAACAUGAGGGGAUGAGUACAUGUUUCAGUCUGAUGAGAUGUGUUGGCCCCUCCGAGGUCUGGAGUAGUCUGGGACAGAUCCUGCUGCCUGUGGAGGGCCAGGUGGAGGAGGGCUGAG